AUGUUGGCAACCUUCCAAUUCGCCGGAAAGCUGAUUAGCAGGAGCCUGAUGCACCCUGGAGUGUCCUACUCCUCCUCUGGACUUCAGUCUAGCAGCACUUUGGCACAGUACGGCUUUGAAUUGAAGAAGUUUGCAUCUCUGGCAGGAUGCUUGCCCCCAGAGCUAUAUGGCAUCAUUGACUACGGCGGCCAAUAUGUGGAAGGCAGUGAUCAACGGCUACAGCGGGGGGUGAAUCGCGCAUUGCCACCAAGCAACUUCGAGCACCUUGGCCUUGGUGAGUGCCCAGCCUUGGGCCUUGGAUCACUGGAAGCCUUGGAACUGCCGCCUGCUUUGGUACCCUCCCGACCCCAGCUUUGCCAGCCAAAGCAGGUAGCGUGGUCUUCUGGUCGAGAGCUACCCUGCAUUCCAUCAGAAGAUCUCGAGGAGGAUGCGAUAGUCCACGGGGAGGCGGUCGCCGAGGCACCAAAGAGUUCGAAGAUGCCUCAGAAGCCAAGUACGGCACCGCCAAAGGUGCCAAGGCCUCAUAUGCGAAAAGUAAAGACAGAGGCCGUUCCCGAGGAGGACUCUGACCGACAGGAUCCAAAAAGACAAAGAGAUCACAGCUUGAACCGCAAGUUCGAGGAGCCAUGUCCGCGGCCAAGACAAGACGCCGCGCCAGUGGAAGACAGCAAGCGAGCCCGCACCCGUCCCCGAAGCCUCUCUGGUGCUGGCUCGGGCCCGCCAUGCCCGCCCCCGUUUGGACUUCCGCCCAAGGGCGGGGCACGUCUCAGCCGCGGCGGCCGUCACCGCACCGCUAUCGUCGCAGCGGCUGCCCUUGGUUUGGAAGUUGAAGCGAUCCCGGCGGGGAGCAGCGAACGAGUCAGGAGCCAUACACGGCACCGGGCUGCGAUCGCAGAGUCACGUACCUUGUGGGAAGAUAGCGCUGAAAGCGAAGCUUGCGUGGGAUCUUCUAGCGGCCCUAGCUUGAGGCGAGUGCAGUCCUUGCCUAACAACGCAAUGGAAAAAGAUAGAAGCUUUGCUGGGCGGCCAAAAAGACACCAGCGGAGCUUGGAAAGAAGCAUUGACAAGGCCUGA